UAUUUUUGUUAAAUAUUACAUAAUUAUUACUUAGGAUAUACAAUAAUAUGUAUAGCAUUGCAAAUAGUGGUUUAAAAUUCCUUGGCAAUUAUUACUCAUUUUUAAACUAACAGCGACCAAACAGAUUUUAAUUAUUAUGGCGUCGGUUGCCUCGGGUUGUUUGAUAGUUGUUUAUGUUUCGCCAACUUAGUGAUCAAACUAAAGAUAUUAAAAUUCAAAUGUGUUAAAGUUUAUUUUGUCAAGCAGACAAUAGAGAGCGCGAUGGAAGUAUGUUCGUAGCACAAAAACGGACACAUAUACGUGAACUUAAUGGAGAUCUUACGCCUUCGAAUUUUGUACAUUCAUUUACUUUCAUGAAAUCUGCCGAUGAAGAGGAAGCUUCUGGACAAGAAGGACAGUUAAAACAUAAGGAAAUAAAAUUAAAUUUGAAGAAAUACUUAGUAAAUCAUUGAUGUGUAGAUACACUUAUAUUUCGUGUUUAAUAAUCAAUCGACUUUUGAAGUAGUUUUACGUAAGAAGAUAUUCAUGACUAAAAAAUGUAUUAUAUCUGAAAGAUAAAGAAAGGCAAUGUAAAUCUCUUAUAGAGUACCUCUGAAUACUUAUUCCAAUGUAUCACAUGACAGUUUACUGAUGAAAUUAAAAUGGAUGAAAAAAUGCAGAGUAAUAAAUAUACUGUUUCCAUUGAAACUGAAGGUGAUAGUAUACUAGAUUUCAAAAGCCCAGAAUUUGCUAAGCCUAAUAUAAAACUGAGGAAGAAAGAGAAAUUAAAAAAUGUUAGAAAGAACCAGAAAGAUAUGAAAUUUAAACAUUCAGACAAAAGAAAAAAAUUACAAGAGUCUCAGCCUUCUAUAGAAUCUUCUUUUUUUAAACCCAAAAAGGAUAAUGAUGACAAAGAUCAAACUGAUGAUGUAAAAGUGGCUCUUUUAUGUCCCCUAUGUUUGAAAAUCUUCAAAGAUGUGGAUUCUCAAGCAGUACACAUGAAAGUUUGUGCAUGCAAAAAUAAUAUUUCUACGAAAAAGUUAUUAGAUGCGAUAGAACUUCAAAAGCGUCAAGAGGAUGAAAGAAAAUCAUUAGGUUUACUUGCCGCACCAGUAAUACAAGAGAAGAAGAAACCAGUAUCCCGUAAAACAAAUUUGGACAAUGAUUCUGAUCUUCAACUUGCAUUAGCAUUAUCAAAGUCUCUUCAAGAAGCAGAAGUAUUAGAGGAAGUUAAUGAAAUUGAACAAUUAUCCGAGGUACCAAAUAAAACUACACUUGAAAUAACAGAAUCUAUCAGUAAAUGUCAAUUGGAAAAGUUUGGAUUUGCAAAUAACAAAUCUGCAACUCUUACAAGGAAUAGAAAAAGGAAGUUUAAUGAAAUAACUGUUCUACAAACACGUACUCAAGAAGAAAGAAACCGCAUUUUAACAGAAAAAAUUGCUGAAAUUCUCAUGGGUGAUGAACCAUUUACUCAAGAAUUAAAAGUAUAUAAUGAAAAAAAUACAGCAAAAUCUAUUCUGAAAAGUCAUUUACUUCAACAAUUGUGUUAUAAGGAUGAAAAAUUAUGGAAUAAAGCUGGAUUAUCUUCAAACCAAAUAUCCUUUUACGUAUCAAACUUAUCAGAAUAUAUAUUUCCACAAACCAAACAAAUAAAAGAAGAUGAAUGCAAGGAAGGUGAUAAAGAUUUGUGUCAGAAUAAAACAGAAGGAAACGCGAAUAAGGAAAUAUUUUAUGAAGUAUCACAAAGUGAUUUACAUUUGCCAAAUGAAGAAUGUGAAAAUUUAGAUGGUGAACAAUACAUUGAUACCUCAGCAACAAAUUGGAGAAAUGCAUUGAAUGACAGUUCUGCAAGUGAUAUAAUAAUAUUUGUUAAUAAUAAUAGAUAUAUUUGGGCACAUAAAUUAGUUUUUUAUGUACAGUGCUCUAACAUACUAUUGGAUGUCAUGCCCAAUGAUAAUUCACAAUUUGCUACAAUCAAGGAAAAAAUAUUUUGGCCUGAUAUAACUUAUAAUGUUGCUUUAGCAUUUCUAGAGUUUAUAUACUGUGGUAACAUAAAGAAAUACUGUGAUGUUUUUCAAGACAUACCAAGCUAUUCUAUUUUAAGAAAUUUGGCAAGAAAGUAUAAGGUGAAAGAAUUAUUUCCAUAUUUACAAAGAAAAGAGAUUGAAACUAAACAAAUAAGGGUUCAAACAAAAGACACUAAAAAUAUGGAACUUGACAAAACACUAAUCGUGAAAGAAAUAGAUAACUUGGAAGAACCCUUAAAUAUAUCAAAGGUUUUCACUUGCGAGAACAAGGAAGAAUUAAUAUUACAUGAAGGUGAAGUAUUAAAUGAAAAUGUGUGUAAAGAACAAAGAAAUCAGAGAGUCGUUUCUUUAAGUCAAAUGAGUCCAAUAAGGCACUGUAAUGAAUCUCCUGAUAUGUUUGAUGAUGUUAAUGAAUCCAUACUAAAUUACAAUGAAAAAUCUAUUAGCCAUACGGUAAAUUUUAGCGAAAAACAGAAGUAUAACCAUGUUGAUACAGUCAACUCAGUUAAUCUAACAACAAUUGAUACUGAUUCGAAUAAGAUUGAGGACUCUGUUUUAUUUAAAAAUAUUGAAGGAAAUAUAAAUUCUUUGUCGAAUACGCCACAGUCUAGUAGAUCAAAAAGGUGGAGUGUAAACCAUACUAAUUUUAAAAAAACCAAAAGUAAUUUGAGCUUAUUUAUUGAAAAUUUUCAAAUGGAGAAUGCAAGAUCAGAUUGUGAUACAGAUUCUGAGAUUAUGGUAAUACCAGUAUCACCAAAAUUCAAAAGAAAUCCAUUUAAUAUAGAAAAUAAUAAUUCUUAUCAGGAUUCAUUGUCUAAUGAAAUUAACAUGGCGAAAGGAAAAACAGAAAACAAAAGAGAUAUUCUGAAUAAGUUUGAUUGCAGUACCAGUUCCCACUCGCAUGUACAGACUAUACCUAAAGGAACUGAUACUGAUGUAAACUUGACUUUUGAGUCAAUGGACAAUUUAACGGAAUUAUUAGAAAAUAAUAAGGAUAGUAGCGUAGAAAAUUCUGUGAAGAAUGAUUCAAUAAAUAGAAAUAUAACUAAUACGAACGAUGUGGUUCAAAGCUGUGUAGAAUCUCCUGUAACAGAAACAGCUCUAAAGGACAAAAUAAGUGAUGAGAGUUUAAACAAUGAUAUCACAAAAUGUAAUGAAAGUGAUAGUAGUAAUGAAUCAGAUGUUUAUUCAAAUAAUGCUGAAGAGUCUAUAUAUACAAAAUACAGAAAAGGACAUCAAAAUAAUAGUAUAGCAAAAUACAGAGAUUUUAUUAAAGAAUAUGUACUAAAGAGUUCUGUGGAAAAUAGCUCGGAGGAUGACUAUAGUGAAAGAGAAAUUAACGUAGAAACAGAAGAUAUUACUAUAUUAUCAGAUGAAGAUAUCGGUUGUGACUUUACAGCAAUUUCAGAGAAAAAGAAAAAAAUAGUUUCUGACCUCGAAAAGUUUGAUCAAUCAUCUUUUGAAAGUCCUACAAAUUUCAGUAAGACACUCGAUAACAGUAUUAAACACCAACGAAACACAAAAUUGCAUAAUGCAAGCAAAUUAAGAUCCACUAAGUCGGAAAGUAGCAUCGAUGUAAAAGCAAUAAAAGAUAAUUUGUCGGUAUCAUCACCAGAUCGAAAAGUAAAUCAAAUGAAUUUAAUGGAAUCUCCUGUUUUGAUAUUGUCUAGCCCAGAAAUUGAUUUUGAUGUUUCAAAUGUAGGUACAAGUAAAAUCAAAGUAAACAAUGAUAUUUCGAAUCCAAAAGAAUUUGAUGAUUAUACUCGUAUUUUCGAGAAAGAUAUUUAUUUAGCAAACGUUUACAUUAAUAAUGAUCCGGCCGAUGUUAGUAAGAUUAAAGGAACUUCGCUGGUCGAACCGAAUAAGAAAAAUUAUGAACGAACUACAACUGACAACAAUAGCAUGACACAGGUAGAGAAAUCUUUAUCCACACAACAAAGUAUAAGAAAAUUUCAAAGAAAAUCUGUGUCGGAAAUGAGUUUAAAUAUUAAUACAAAAAGUACAAAAAAUAAUGCAUUGCAGUCUAUCGUUAAUGUAGACCAGUCUUUAUGUAAAUGUGGUAAUAAACAAGUCUCAAGGAAUAUUAAAUCUCCUACAACACUUAUUAGAGACAGUACUACGCCUCCUCCUGAUUAUGAUGGCAUGAAGACACCUGAGCUUCAUGCAGAAUUACAUAAAUAUGGACUAAAAUUACAAAAACGAAGUCGGGCUGUAAAAUUAUUGACGUACAUUUAUAAUGAGUUGCAUCCUGUGAUACCUUUAACAUCUAAGAAAACAGUAUCUGAGUAUGUAGUUGUAAAUAGUGAUGAUGAGGAACCACCAAUGAAAAGAAAAAAUUACAGUAAAAAUGAUAAUGAUUGUAAUAAUGACUACAUAUAUGAACUAGUAUCAUCAAAAGGCGGCGCUGAUAAGUCAGCAGCAAAUAUAAUAAACGAGGAACGAAAAUUUGAUGAAUUCGAAACUGUCACAACUAAUACUGCAUUAAAUAUUAAAGAUGAGUUUUACAAAUUAAUAGAAGAUCAGAAAGAAUUACAUAAUAAUAUCUUAACUUACGAACCAUUAUGCAUAGAGUCUCUACACUCUAUGUUGAAAGAAAAAGGUUUUAAAUGCAAAAUGAACACAUUAAUGGACUUUUUAGACGAACAGUGUAUUACAUUUUAUUUUCAAGAUAUGAAAAAAGGAAGAAAUUGGAAGAAAUAGAUAAUAAUAUGAAAAGACUCAAUAAAAUAUAGCAUGUUAGAUGGGUAAUGUGAAAGAUGUAUUUACUAUAAAAAUAAAUUUGUAAGAAACAUAUGAUAAACAAAUAUCGCGCUAGUAAUUAUUUUAAAUAAGAUUGUAUACUUUAUAAAAUUACAUUAUUCUUUUCAAACUCAUUCUCAAUAUAUUUUGCUUCGUUUUAUACAUUUAAAUAAAUUUAAAAAGAUAAUAUUUGUUUAACUCUUUCGCUACGGUGAAGUUUAAUGGAUUUCUCAUCACGCGCAUCAUCAGUGCGUAUUCUGGUGUGUUUACCCUUGUAACAGCGGCAGAGUUAAAUAAAUUCCUUAGUUUACAAUAUUUUCCAAUAUAAAUAAAAAAAUGUACAACUAUAAACAAUUUUUAUGAA